ACAGUCUACUCGAUUUCGCUGUUAACGGUCGCUCUGGAAUUUUCGGAUCCAGGUUUGCGAAGUGGAAGCUGAAUCUCACGGAAAUGGUGAAAGCUGUGCUCGGAGAAGAAACCCAACUCAAGUUAGCGGAGGAUCGUCUCUUCGAAUCUGGAGUGCCUGCUCAGGUGGGUCUCGUUAUAGGAAAGCUUAAUUGUGGUUUAGACCGAGGAUUUGUAUUCGAUUUGGUUCCUACGCCAACCAACGAUGCCGGUGAACAGGCUUGUCGGCUCUCUGAGGCUGGCAGAGAUGACAAGAAGGGUUCAAAGAAGAAAUCUCAGGCGGAAUCUUCACCUUUGGUGAUCGACGUGGAUUGGGUUGCUGAACACGCGCGUCAGGUAUCCAAAAUGCUAUUGGGUGGCAUGAAUGUGGUUGGAUUAUAUGCCUGGGCUUCUGAGAACUCAUUCAAGGCGUCUAACCUUGUACUUUAUCAGACUGUCAAGGCAGUUGCUGAUGCAGCACCUUUCUAUGACAGUGAUUUGGAUGAAAGGCUACUCGUUCAUAUUUCUUAUAGUCCAAGGAGGUGGAACUGCAGAAAUUGCAUUCUGGGUUCAAAUAUUUCAUCAAGCAGUCUACGGCCUUGUGAUUUCAAAAUGGGAAGGGUAUUAGCUUCCCUUCUGGCAUUUAGAUGCACGUACAACUUUGGCAUAAGACUGCCCAUUUUUCGUGAGGAUGUAUCAAGUACCAGCACAUUGAGAGAUGUUCUCUACAAUGGACUUCUAACUCAUGCCCAAGAGCUGAAAGGUGCAAAGGCUGUAAUUGAUGGAACAUUGGUGGCUGAAGAUGAGAUGAGCACUUCAGAUGGUAUACAUGAAAUUGAACUGCUUUUACCUUUCAUGAAGAGUGCACCUGCUGAAGGUUGUCGCCAAAAGGAGGUUGUGGGUGUUCUUGUCUUGACUGGAUCCAUAUGUUCUUUUGCAUACUUGAGCCCAAAGGAACCUGUUUCACAAGCUGUUGAUGAUAUAAAGGGGGAUAUCAUUAUGAGUAUGCGAAACAGAUUAGACAUCAUCUGUGAUGAGGCAGAGGGAGACGUUAAAGAUUCAACUGUUGAUGGGCACCAAGAAGAAAGCAAUGAGAAGUCAACUGAAAAAUCCAUCCUUCAACUUGUCUUGCAUUUAUCGAGGAAACCUUGUAGUCUUUUAUUUUCCCGAAGGGUUUUCAUCCCUUGGUUAGCGGGUGCCUUUAUUUGUGACUAUCUACAACCAUCAGAGACAGUUGAGGUUCUGAAAGAUCACUGCAAGGAAUUGAUGUCCAGGGAAGAUCUAAUAGAGGCCUCAACAAUUUUGGAACUAGAAACAGAAGCCAUCUCAUUGACAACAAAAUCUUUCUGGGAUGUAGUAGCUCCCAGUCCUUUAGCAUAUGGAUCUGAUUGCCAGUUAAAAGGAAAGGAUGAAAUACAUUCAGCAGGAAAAGAAAGUGGCAGAAAGUCUACUGCAUCACUUGAUUUCAACAUUGUAACUGCCAUUGCAUUUGCCCUAGUAUCAAUCCUAGUUGGUUUGGUAUUUUUCAUUCUCAAAACUUAGCUUGUAAACAGCAGCUUCAUCUAUAGUCAUUAAAUAAUGGAAGAUUC